AUGGUCGCUUUGCAUUGGAUAUCCAAUUUGCUCGUUGGACUGAGCUUGAGCACCAACACAGCCGCCCAAUUCGUCACCGCGCCCACCAGCUUCACCAAUGUCACCGGCUACGCCAACGUCCCUGUGCGCUACAAGCAGGUACCCAACGGCAUCUGCGAGCUCAACCCUAACGUCAAGAGCUAUUCCGGCUACGCCGACAUCGCUGCCGACCAGCACACGUUUUUCUGGUUCUUCGAGGCCCGCGAGGUCGACCCGCUUGCGGCGCCCCUCACCAUCUGGAUCAGCGGCGGCCCAGGCUCCUCGUCCAUGAACGGUCUCUGGAAGGAGAUUGGACCGUGCCGUGUCGACUAUUUUGGCGAGGUGUACAACAACCCGUACGCCUGGUCCCGCAGAAGCAACCUCCUCUUCAUCGACCAGCCCACGCAGGUCGGCUUCUCGUACUCGGUGCCGGUGCCGGGCAUGGUGAGCGCCGAGACGCAGGCCAUUCAUGUGCUGCCUAACAAGACCUGCCCGGAUAACGCCAAAGGGACCUGCGGGACGUACUCGCUCCCAUACUUCAACAUGACGGCCAACUCGACGGUCAAUGCGGCGCCGAGCAUGUGGAGGACCUUGCAGGGCUUCAUGGGCGCGUUUCCGCAGUACUCGCGCCGCGGCGUCCAUCUCGUCAGCCAGUCCUACGGUGGCCACUACGCACCCGUCUUCGCCGACUAUUUCGUCAAGCAGAAUGAAAAGAGCAUCCCGGGGGCCGCGCACAUUGACCUCAAGAGCGUCCUCAUCGGCAACGGAGUCUACCAUCCCAUUACCCAGUUUCAAUUUCUGUACAACUUUACCGUCGCACCAGGUCACACGUACGACUUUUCUCCAUUUAACACAUCCACCCAGAAAUUGAUGUAUGAUAACCUGUACGGCCCGGGCAAGUGCCUCGACAUGCUAAAGGAAUGCGACAAGAACGGCGACGAUAAGCAGUGCAACAGUGCGGAGCGUUUUUGUGUUAGGAAUAUUAAGGAUUUUCCAGCAACGCACGCCAAGCGGAACGGGUAUGAUAUCCGCCAGCGUAUCCCCGACGCUUUUCCGUAUGGAUUCUAUCGUGACUACCUCAACAGAGCCGACAUCCAAGCUGCCAUUGGCGCCUUCACCAACUUUACACCCUCAAGCACCACCGUUUUCGACGCAUUUCAGACCACGGGCGAUGCCGCCCGCAGCGUGGGCGUCAUCGAGGCCCUCCGGAAUCUUGUCAAGCACGACAUCAACGUAGCCCUGUGGUCCGGCGACGCCGACUUCAACUGCAACUGGAUGGGCAACCAAGAGACCGCGCGGAUGGUCAAGGCCCCAGGCUGGGGUGAGGCCGGCUACGCGGACCUGGCGACGAGCGACGGCCAGGUCAACGCGCAAGUCAAGCAGAGCCACAAGUUUAGCUUUACGCGCUUCUUCUGGGCCGGCCACGAGACGCCCUUUUACCAGCCGCUCGCGUCCCUCGAGUACUUUGAGCGCGUUAUUAGUGGUAGGGACAUUGCAACGGGUAGGGUCGACGUCGCGAGCCAGUGCGCGUACCGCAGCGUUGGCACCCCGGAAAGCACGUUUCGGCAGGGCAACAGCACGGUGCAGUGGACGGUGAUGCCGAGGAAGCUGACGUAUGAUACAAACACGCACAAGCCGGGUGCUCCUUGGGCUAAGAAAAUUAAUGCCUGCAACGCGCAUUAG